GUUUAGAGUCCAACAGAAGGUAUUUCUUGCUCAGCUCGAGAGCAAUGGCUUCGAUUUACUCUUCUCACGGACAUCACAUUCAGGACCCAUAGUUCCAUCGUUUUUUCCAUCUCCCCGCAUCUCUCCGCGACCUCAACUAACUCAGCGGGACGCACAUUCCCCGCAACAACACGCUCACCAUGGCGGGCACUUUGCGGGUUCUGACCGGCUCGUGUCUUAGUAGAGCUCUCCCACGCGCAUCGUACAGGAUUCCAGUCCGCAAUGUCGUCUCUGGCGCACACCUUCGACCGUUGUCUACCUCCACCCAGAUCUUCCACGAUGUAGCGCCUCUUCGAAAGUACCGAAAGGACCUUCUCCUCAACAAACGGACAGUCGGACUUGUGCCGACUAUGGGCGCAUUGCAUAACGGACAUCUCUCCCUUAUCCGUCAGGCAGCAGCAGAGAACACAGACGUCUUCGUCACCGUCUAUGUUAAUCCUACACAAUUUGGUCUCAAUGAAGAUUUGGCAUCCUACCCCAAGACAUGGGAGGCCGAUAUGCAGAUGCUUGGUGUUUUGGAUCAAGAGCUAGCAUCUGCAGGUAAAGGCAGAGUUACAGCUGUCUUUGCGCCAUCGACGAAGACUAUGUAUCCCAUAUUACCACCCGAUAGCAGCAUUCCUGGCAAAGGCUCCUUCGUAGAGAUGCGACCAUUAGGUCAGCUUCUUGAAGGAGCAUCCCGACCAGUUUUCUUCCGAGGUGUAGCUACAGUAUGCCUGAAGCUAUUCAAUAUAUGCACACCCGACCGAGUCUAUUUUGGGCAGAAAGACAUACAACAAACUGUUGUUAUCAGGCGUCUUGUUAAGGACUUUCAUCUUGAUACGGAGGUGAGAAUUUGCCCUACAGCUAGGGAAAAGGACGGUCUGGCGCUAUCUUCCCGGAAUGUGUAUCUUGGUACUCGCCGCCGUAAUGUUGGUAUAGUUUUGAAUCAGUCUUUGCGCAAGGCGGAGGCGCAAUACAAGGCCGGGAAACGGAGUAGAGGUGAUAUACUUUGGCCGGCAAAUGAUCACGCCGACAAAACUCUUUUUGAGCAGGAUGCGCUAUUGUCGAGUGAGCGAGCGAGAUUCGAAGUCGACUACAUUAGUCUUGCUGACCCUGACACUAUGGAGGAGAUCGAGGAAGUUGACGCAACCCGUGGGGCUAUUCUUAGUGGAGCAGUGAAGAUGUUGCCUCUCGAAGAGCCUCAAGAAGGCGAAGAGCUGGGCGUUGGAGGUGGACAGAUACCAGUGCGCCUGAUUGAUAACAUCGUUCUUGAGCCGGCCUUAUAGAUACUCUCAAAAUUCUCCAACAAUAUAUCACGACAGGAUCAGAUUUUCUAAUAUACGAAUCACUUAUGACAAAGAUAGACCUUCUCUGUGCUCG